UUUCUUUUAUUUUGGGUCUUUUUUAUUUACUACUUUCAUCUUGUUCUUAUAUUUUACUGACUUUUAUGUUUGGCUUCCUCAAUCCUCUGAUUGGAAAUUCAAUUUCGAAGACUCAUCGUUGAUAUUUUGUAUUUAACCCAACAAAUUGUUAUUGGCCUUUAUGUGUGGUUUUGGAUUCACUGUAUUACGAGUUUUUAUUUUUUGAAAUUUAUUUAUCAAAAUCAAAGAUUUGAUGUUAAUAUGGUUCUGGUUUUUUGCCCGGUUUCUUGUUUUUUCAAUUUUUUGAGUUUUCUUUCUUGUUUGACAAUCCCUAUUGGAUUGGUUACUACGGUUUUUUCAGUUUUUUUCCAAAUCUUGCAAACGAAUAUGGUCGACAAGGAUUUUUAGUUUUUUUUCUUUUUUUAAAAAAAUUAAAGAUAAUUAAAGCUUGAUGUGAUGUGAUAUAGGUCUUUGUUGUUUUUAAUUUAUUUUUUUGACAUUAUUAUUGGUAAACAUUUAAGUUUCUAUCAAUUUUCAUUGGUGCACAAUUAACUGGGUCAAAUAUCGUGUCGUAAUCGUGUGAACUAUUCAAAACCAGAUUUUUCUUCUUGUUUUUAUUUCUAUUCUUCAAGUGAUAAUAGUAUUUAUUCCGUAUCUCCACAGUCAAAUUUCUAUCCUGGAGAGCCAUUAAUUUUCCUACUGUUUUCAAAUUUCGGAUUUCAGUUAAAUUUGCAUUGUUGCUACCGCGAUGAAAAGCUAUAAUCUCCUUGAGGGGUCUUUUGCUUAAUGGACUGCAAGCCAAAUAGUAGUGACAAGAAGACAUUAAAGAGGUGGUUUUUCAUUGAUAAAAGGGUCGGGUAAAGAAGUUCUUCAUAGAAGAAUUCUUUUUUAAAAAAAGUUAGUUUAUUUAUUCUUCAUCGUUGGUUGCACAAACAAAUCUGGAUCCGAUGGACGUAAAAUCAAACCAUACUGCUCCAGUUCUCACUGAUCCUGCACCCUUAAGCAAGUCAAGACUUGGGGUACAUUCAAAUUUGUUUCCCUACUCACCAACAGGAGCAGCCUUUUCUCCAAGUCUUUUCCUAACUAUACCUCGGAAGAAGACUGGAGUACUUGACGAUGUUCGUUCUAGCUCUUGGUUGGAUGCCAUGAAGGCUUCAUCGCCUCCUCACAGGAAGAUAACAAAAGAUGUCAACAACGAGUCUCCUGCGUAUGAUGCUGAUAUUGCUUACCGUACUUGGAUGGCCAAAUACCCUUCAGCUCUCAAAUCUUUUGAGCAAAUAACAAAUAAGGCAAAAGGAAAGCGAAUUGCAUUGUUUCUUGAUUAUGAUGGAACCCUUUCGCCAAUUGUAGAUAACCCUGACUGUGCUUUCAUGUCUGAUGCGAUGCGAGCUGCUGUGAAAAAGGUGGCAAAAUAUUUUCCAACAGCGAUAAUUAGCGGAAGAAGCCGAGAUAAGGUUUACGAGUUUGUAGGACUAACAGAACUAUAUUAUGCUGGUAGUCAUGGGAUGGACAUCAUGAGCCCUGUUGAACAAUCUAUACUAGAGGAUCAUCCAAAUUGUUUUAGGUCUUCUGACAAGCAGGGCAAGGAUGUUAACCUGUUCCAGCCUGCGCGCGAAUUUUUACCUAUGAUUCAAGAGGUUCAUAAAUCUCUUAUUGAAAAUACCAAAGGAAUUGAAGGAGCCAAAGUUGAAAACAAUAAGUUCUGUGUGUCGGUACAUUAUCGUAACGUAGAUGAGAAGAGUUGGAAUAUUGUUGCACAAUGCGUAGAGGACAUUCUAAAAGAUUAUCCUCGACUGCGCUUGACACAUGGAAGAAAGGUUUUGGAGGUUAGACCAGUCAUAAACUGGGAUAAGGGGAAGGCUGUAACAUUUUUGCUUGAGUCACUAGGGCUAAGUGACUGUCAUGAUGUGCUUCCAAUAUACGUUGGAGACGACCGCACCGAUGAAGAUGCAUUUAAGGUUUUGAGAGAGAGAAAUUGUGGUCAUGGAAUUUUAGUGUCUAAUGUCCCCAAAGAAACCAAUGCAUUUUACUCUCUAAGGGAUCCAUCCGAGGUUAUGGAGUUUCUCAAGUCACUGGUGAUAUGGAAGAAAUCAAGUGCCUUAUAAACAAAAAGAAAAAAUAAUAAAAAUAAAAAUAAUAAUACUAUAUAUUUAUAGUAGAUUAUUAAAGAAGAGAGACUUACAUAUACGAUGAUAAGGGUACCCUACUUUUUCUAGAGAUUUUUAUACCAUCAGCUUUGGGAGUAUAGGCUCUUAUGGCUUGCAUACAAGGCGUUUCUAAAGAGACGAAGGUCUAUUUUGGUGCCUAACCUAGUUGCUCUGCUCCAUGGUUCUGGUCUUUAAUUGUAAAUUCAUUUUUUUAUUUUGUUUUUAUUUUUAAUUAUCCUUUAUUUUUGGCUUUGAGUUCCCACUCAUAUAUAGUUUUUUUUUUCUUUAACCCUUUUGGUUAUCCUUAUAUCCAUCUAAUGUGUAUUAGUCAUUCAUUUAGUUCCAUUCCCACUUUUCAAUUUAAUUUUGGUUAACUUUUAGAUAUCCUGAAUAAUUUGUUAAUUCUUUUAAAUGAGAUUAUAUAAUUACAAUAUGUUUUUCUUU